CGCCUUUUCCAUAUCAAAUAAAAGCCAACAGUUACAAUAUAAUAUGAAGCAAAAGGCUGAAGUUUAACAUUAGCAGAGUAAGCAAUAAAUAUCUCAACUGCAUAGAGAACCAAUAUCCAGAGGCAUUUCAAUAUGAAGACCGACAUGAAGUUCAGGAUUUACUUCAUCAUAAUAAUUUCAACUUGCAUAAUUUUGUUCAUGUUAGCCAUAAGGAAUACUUCAAAUGAUGUACAAGUUGAUACAAGGAGUCAAAAAUGUCAAAAACUAUGUACAGUAAAAUACGACAUUGCCAAAGGCUAUCCACCAGUUGCUAAUUCUGGAUUAUAUGGAGAUUAUCUAUGUCCAACGAUGUUUCGAGAUAUGUCUGAUUAUGUCUUUGGUUGGCCAUUUAGCCAUUUUCACGAAGUUGUCAAUGUACCAGACUUGAGCGAAGUUCUCGACUGCCUGCCACCUGUUCCAAUAUUGUUCUCUAAAGGUGACCCGAAAAUAGUAAGGAAUUUCAGUAAGGAACUAGGAGACUAUGUAAAACCUGGAUUUAUUCUCUUAACGGGACAGACUGAUUACCCUAGCCCAGGAAAGAAUAAAAAAUUACUGGAUAAUCCAAAUAUACUGAGAUGGUAUGGACCGAACCCUGGUAUAACUCAUCCAAAAUUCCAUCCAUUUCCUCUGGGAUUACAAUGUUUUGAACAUGCCCAGGGGAUGCUAAAAUUCCACAACAAAUAUGGAGAAAACAUCAAAGAUAAACUACAAAAUAAUAGGAAACGUAUGGAAAAUGGAGAUCUCCAAAAAUUAGCUGUACUUAACUUUGGUGAAACACAUCCUAUUCGGCGAACAGUUAAGACCCAACUGUGUAAUGAAAAACAUCCUUAUAUAGAAUGCCAGAAUAAAUUAUGGACCAACAAUGUGACAGAAGAGAAUGGAAGGCUCAGUCUGCUUUACGAGAGUCUGUCCAAGUAUCCAUUUUGGGUAGCACCCAGGGGCAAUGGGCUUGAUACCCACAGGAUCUGGGAGGCCUUAUAUGUGGGCUCUAUACCUAUUGUUCAAAGGUCUUUACUGGAUCCAUUAUUUAAAGACCUACCUGUACUUCUAAUUGACAACUAUGAAGAUCUUACAGAAAAACAACUAAAAGAUACAUUAAUCAAAUUUUCAGAAAUGGAUAUCGAUACCAAGACACUUUACAAAAAUUACUGGAGGGCAGAUAUAGAAAAGUUUAGAUCUGAAAUGAUCAAAAAAUACAACCUUGCAGAUUCUGCGAGAUUUAGAUGUUGGGGAACUUAAACCUGCACAUCGCUCCAAAACGCAAUAUGUUGACAUAUAUUGUUUUUACAUUUUCAAGCUCUAAUAUAAAGUUUAUGUAAAUAAAAAUUGUUUUUUCUGCGUAAUAUCAAAGAACAAUCAUUUAGUUUAAAAAAUAAAAAGGCAAUGCAGGAUUCGAACACGGGCCUCCCGCGUGCUCAGCGAGGAUUCUACCGCUACACCACCGUAUUAUUAUGAA